UCGUACCGUUAUCGUACCAGUUGGUUUCAAGACCUUUCCAGCACAACAUACCUGUCGAUCUGCUCUGAUCUGGUGCUGAAGUAUAUUGUUUCGGUGUAGGCGUGGAAGCGUAAUUGAGUGUUGAAGUAAACGAAGCAAAAUGUUCCGAAAAUUGAUUGUUGCAUCGCUAGUGGUUUCGCUGGUUGUGGCUCUUCCACAGCGUUCUCAGCCCCGCAACAGUGGCGGUGAUGAGUCCAUUGCAGAAACGUUGGCUCAGGACACGGUGAUCAAUGCGGACGGUUCGUACACGUACAACUACGAGACGAGCAAUGGUAUCGUAGCGUCCCAGGCAAGCAACGAUGGCACGAACGCGAACGGUAACUUCGCCUUCACGGCACCGGACGGACAGCGGUACGAGAUUGUGUACGUUGCCGAUGAGUACGGAUUCCAGCCGCAGGGUGCUCAUCUGCCAACGGAACCGCCAGCACCUGAUCACGUUAUCAAGAUGCUGGAGGAUAUGCGCGCCAACCCACCAGAGGGCGCCGAUAUUGAGUCGCUCGAUGCUACCCUGAACCGACUGCGCGCUACCCUUGGUUAGGGGAGGCCAGUCGCAGUGGUUUUUCAGGGAUGUCCUUUAAGACAUCUCCGACAGAUUAGUGUGAUGAAAGUAUACAGCGCUAGAUAAAGGUAGCGUACGCCAUAUCGUAUGCUUCCGUUGUAAAACAAUGUAAAAUAUUAAAGCCUCGCCAUUUGCUCGGAAACAAUAUAACAAGAGAUUGUGUG